AUGAAGUCAAAUGUGAUCGGAUUAUCUAUCACCUGGAAUGCAGGUGGCGAGUUACGGCCCAAACAUCAUAGUCCACGGUCAACUGUUUUUGGAUGUUUGGACGAUGAAGUAGAAGUCGCACAAAGUAGCUCAAUGGUGGGUCACCAAAGCUUAGGAGUGGUUCUCAGUUGGUGCAGCACCGCUCUGGAUCGACCGACUGCAGCCAGCCUGGCGGGAGCAGUAACCAAGAGCAGCACUCCCUCUUAG